AAACAGGGGCUCAUCUGAGCGAUGGGCCACAGAAUCACCUGCUCAUCUGAUGGACAGACGAAGGACUGCAAGGUCACUCUCAGAACCGCUAAAGACGUGCCGCUAAUUGCUCCAUGAAGAAGACGGGGCCAUGGCACUGACGGGGCUCUGUCUCCUGGCGCUGGCCUUGUGGGUUGGCAACAUUGGUGAGAGUUACCAGAUGAAACCAGCCCGCGCACCCCUGAUCCCACACCGUCCUUUUGUUGUCGUCUGGAAUGCUCCGACUGAGUCAUGCCGUCUUCGAUUCAAAGUGGAUUUGGACCUGAGCGUUUUCGAUAUUGUGGCAAACCUGAACGAAACCCUCAGUGGACCAAAUGUUACAAUAUUCUAUCACAGUCACCUGGGUUAUUACCCAUAUUACUCCAACUCCGGAAUCCCCAUCAACGGUGGACUGCCGCAGAACCAGAGCAUCUCUAAACACCUGAGCAAGGCCAGAGCCGACAUUGACAAACUGAUCCCGCACAAAGACUUCAGAGGCUUGGGUGUCAUCGACUGGGAGAACUGGCGACCUCAGUGGGUGCGGAAUUGGGGCUCGAAAGACAUCUACCGCAACAAAUCCAAAGAACAGAUGAGGAAACUUCACCCAAACUGGCCUGAGAGCAAGGUGGAGAAGGAAGCCAAGGAAAGCUUUGAGAAAGCUGGUCAGGCCUUCAUGAACCAAACCCUCGCGCUGGCUGAAAGUCGCAGGCCUGCUGGUUUAUGGGGUUUUUACCUGUUCCCAGAAUGCUACAACUACGGUUACAAGCAGCACCCUCACAGGUACUCUGGUGAAUGCCCAAAUGUCGAGCCUGUUCGCAAUGACCACCUGAUGUGGUUAUGGAAGGAGAGCACAGCCUUAUAUCCAUCAAUCUACUUGGACUAUGAGCUCAAAUCCUCAACAAACGCAGUCAAGUUUGUCCACUAUCGAGUGAAAGAAGCAAUGAGAAUUGCCUCCAUCGCACGCACUGACUCCACCCUGCCAGUGUUUGUCUACUCAAGGCCUUUCUACGCCUACACCUUCAUGGUUCUGUCAGAGAGCGACUUGAUUCAUACAAUUGGGGAAAGUGCUGCCUUGGGGGCAUCUGGUGUUGUCCUGUGGGGUUCAUCCGAAUACGCUCGAACACAGAGGAACUGCCUCACAGUGAAGAAGUACAUUGACGGUCCCUUGGGUCAUUAUGUCGUCAACGUCACAUCCGCAGCCAAGCUCUGUAGCAAAGCGCUUUGUAAGAAGAAUGGACGCUGCAUUCGUAAAAGCCUGGACUCUGGAGCUUACCUUCACCUGAAUCCUCGCUACUUCAGCGUCCAUCGCAACCUGUCGCCCAUGGGCCCCCGUUUUCAGGUGAGAGGACAUUUGAACAACAUUGACAUUUUGGACAUGAAGCAAAAGUUCACCUGCCAGUGCUACCAGGGCUGGACAGGUGUUUACUGUGAAAUGCCUCAGGCAUCACCAGCGAACGCUCCUCGGCAUCCAACUGAGCCCGUCAUUGCCCCCAUCCAACCAAGAGAUUAUGGCCUACUGGCACAUGUUCUGGUGUUUCUCUACCAUCAUUUCUCCUGCCUGUGUAUCAUCCUGUUCCUGGGACUCUGUCUCAUCAUCAAGUGUCUCAUACUGUAGGGGUCAGGUAUGGGGUCAAAAAGGACAGGGUGCAGGAGAUAGAUAAACAAAUUUUCAAGCACCUUUCAAGAACAAAAAAAAAAAUACGGAACUCUACCAACCUAAUUUAAAUGGCUCAUUACCCUGAGGGAUUGCACCAAAAGGCAUCUGAGAAAUGUUAAUCUGGUCUGAGUCUAGUUGCUGGUCUGAGAUGUUUGCUGGCUUUGUCUCCGAUGACAUUUCCAGUGGCGAGCAAGCAGCCAAGGAUGAAGAGAGAGAGAGCCUGGAAUGUUUCCUUAGGAUCACAGUACUGCAGGUCAGUUGUUUUACCCCCACAAACAGUGCAGAAGCAUGAGAAUAGAACCAUGGAUGAAGGCGGUCAUAAUAUAAUGGCUCAUCACUGAAUGAGUUGGCCAAAAUGUUCUGGUGGUUUUAUGAAUCAUCAGUCAUGUUCAGGAAAUUACUCGGCUCAUCGAGCCAUUCGGACGGAGCCUGAACAACGAAAACGCCUGGAACUGUCAGGUGUGUCGUCUCACAUUAGUCACAAGUCAAAUCUCUUUUCACACGUUGAAGGAAUGAAGUCUUUUGAAUUUGUUUAAUGAUCUGUCAUGAUCAGUUUCAUCCCAGCUCCUCAGUGCACUCAUCUCUCUUUCAUCACAUUGAACUAUUGACUUUUUCAUAUUGAAUGUAAAGGUUGUUGAUGCCCUAGUUCCUUGUACAUCACAACCCUUUGAAUAAACUGUCCAAAACGUC